UGAAUGUGCGUGCAUUAUUAGAUAAGAGAUCAAGGGGACAAGGGACCUCCAUGCAUCGUUCUCUUUCUACUCUAUUGCUUUUUCAGCUCGCUCACGCACUCUAUUUUUAUAUGUAUGAUAAUAUGUAUCUCUAUAAUAACUGAAACGUAUUCAAUAAGCGAUAGAUGACGCUACGAUUCAUCUUAAUGUCAGAAAUCUAAUUUAAAUCGUUUAAACUAAGGAACGCAUUUUCUUUACGCUCAGUUUUGUUAAAUAAUCAGAUUUUAAUGAUAAAUAAUAUAUUUGAAUAUUAUAGAUUGAUUGAAAAUAAACAAUAAAGAAUCCAAACUACAACACAACUGAUACAGUGUAUAGAACAAUGUACAGAAAAAUCUGAGCACUAUGUUGUGUCCAGCAUGAAGAAAAGAUUACUCUAUAGAUGAUGUAGAAAAUCAUAUUGAUUUAUGCUUUGCUUCAAUUGAUACAAUUUUAAUGGAAACAUUAUCAACAACAAAGAGAUCUCUUUCAUAUGAAGAUAUUAAUGAAACAAAUCCACUAAAGAAACACAAAGCCAAUACAGUGAUUAAUAUAACAAAUAUGAAUCAACAGAGAUCAUUACCAAAUAAAGAAUUCAUUUCUCUUUCUGAAAGAAUGAGGCCUACAUGCAUUGAUGAUUACAUAGGGCAGGAAAACGUUAUUGGAUCUCACACAAUAUUAAAACAAUUGCUAAUAAAAGGACAUAUUCCUAGUAUGAUAUUUUGGGGUCCACCAGGAUGUGGAAAGACAUCUCUAGCUAAUGUUAUAUCAAAACAAAUUAAAGAAAUACAUGGAGAAAAAGUUCAUAUUAUAAAUCUUUCUGCAACAUCCUCUGGUGUGAGUAAUAUCAGAAAUAUUAUUAACACAACAAAAACUAAAUCCAAAUUGAGCAAUCAAGCUAUUGUAUUUAUGGAUGAAAUACAUCGCUUUAAUAAAUUGCAACAAGAUAUUUUUUUACCACAUAUCGAGGCAGGCACAUUUACUCUAAUUGGUACAACUACAGAGAAUCCAUCUUAUAGUUUAAAUUCUCCUCUGCUAAGUAGAUGCCGUGUAUUUGUUUUAAAUAAGUUAACGGUAUCAAAUAUUGUAGAUAUUCUUUGUAAAGCCAUUUCAUCUAUUAACGGAGAAAUAUAUAGUUUUCCACAAAAAACUUUAUUGACUAAUUUAAAGUAUAGUUUAAGCUGUAGUUCUAAACCAUGUUUCUCCAUUAAUCAGAUGGUAAUUGAUUGGCUAGCAGAGGUAUGUGAUGGAGAUGCACGUGUUGCAUUAAAUAGUUUAGAACUGGCAGUUAAAAAUAAAGUGUCAAAUGAACUAAGUCCUUCUCAUCUUGUUUCAAUAACUCUUGACGAUGUUAAAGAAAGUCUUAAACAAGCACAUACAUUAUCCGAUAAACAUAAUAAUACUCAUCAUUUAUAUUCUGCUUUACACAAAUCAAUAAAAGCUGGCAAAGAAAACGCAUCUUUAUAUUGGUUAGCACGGAUUAUGGCAGUUAAAGAAGAUCCAGUGGAUGUAGCAAGAAGAUUAGUAAGAAUAUCAAGUGAAGAUAUUGGUUUAGCAGACCCUGAUGCUUUAGGCAUAGCUGUUCAUACUAUGCAUGGAUGUCAAAUGAUCGGAAUGCCAGAAUGUGAUGUGAUUUUAACACAAUGUGUCAUAUAUUUAACUAGAGCACCAAAGUCUCAACUUGUGUAUAAUGCUUUAGAAUCUGUUAAAAAUAUAAUUAUAAACCACCAAGGUCCACAACCUACAGUACCGAUACAUAUCAGAGAUAGUACGGGACAAGAAAAAGAUUAUGCUAUUUUUGGUUGCCAAGAAGGAAAUUUAUUGCAUAAAGAGAAAGACGUUCAAACUUACCUACCAUUUAGCUUACAGCACGUUGAUUUCUUCUCUGAAAGUUGAUAAAUUCUUUGUAUCGCCCAACAUAUUUUUUUCUAAAAAACAAUUAUCAACUUAUUUUACCUACACAAGACAAAUUCUACUUCAUACACAUUGAAAUAAAUAAAAUAAAGUUAUAUAAGUCUAAUUUAUUAAUAAGUCGAACAUAUUUUACUGAAAUCACAAAAUCGCAUGAACUACUACUAAAAUUUGAAUAACAAUUAAUAACAAUGAAGAAGAGUUACGACUUACCUCGCUACCAACGCCAACAUUACGAAAUGAUAAUAUGAGAAAGUACAAUUAAAUAUUGAAACCAAAAAACUAUUGAAAUUGUUUACCGACUUGAAGUAACAAAGAAGUAAAAAGUAAACAGAAGCAAUAAUCUUGACAGUAUAAAAAGUUAUAAUUCACUGUUUUAACGAGAAGAUUUUCGGAUGUAAUUCAACGUGACUUCCUCGUCCGAACGUUUUCGAAUUAAUAGAAAGUACCGCCUAACGAUAGACCAAUCAGAUUCAAUUGAAAAAUUGGCAAGAAGAAUAGCCAAUCAGAUCGAAUUAGGGAAAACCUCAUUGGUUGUGAAAAUAUUGCAAGUAAUAUUACAUUUUUCAAUUGUUGUUCUUUUGAAGAAAGUACAUAUAUUAACCGUUGUUCUUCUCAAAUUAUAUUCUGGAACAAUGCCAUUCACCGUUUUCCUUUGAUUGGUUAAAUGCUAACACGAUCUAUUUAUACAAAAUACAAAUAAAUAUUAAAAUUCCGAACUACAUCAAUUGUUUAACUAAAAUUAGUAAAGGAAACUUUUUAUGACUAAAUUAAACGUGAUUUGAUUAGCUAAUAUUUUUGAAUUAAUAGAAAGCAGCGCGCUGUGAUAGACCAAUCAGAUUGAACUGAAGAUAAGCUCAUUGGUUGCUAGAGGCAGGUAUACCAACUCUUGGUGGAUCAAUAUACAAUAAAAGAUUGGAAGUGGAGACCUUUCGUACUAUCUUUUAUAUUACAGCAGGUUUUGGAAUUGGUAGAUGAACCUUGUAAUAUUAGAGAGUAAUGUUUUCGUGUGAUUAUUAACAAUUUAAAUUAUAGUCUUAACCAUACGUUAUAUUGAAAAAUUCUAUAAACAUGAAGUUGUGGACGUCACACCAUACUUUUGA